AUGUCGAUGGAAGUUGUGUCAUGCCCGGAGAAACAGGUAAUAAAGAAGUUCGUGCAGAGUGUACCGUGUCCACAGACAAAGCCCAAGAAAAAGCAAGAGGUGAUAUGUCCGGCGACGAAGCACAAGAGGGCUCCAAAAUACGCGGAGGACGUCUCGUGUUCGGGAAUGCAGCAUAAAAAGAAAUUGUCCCGAGAAGUGACGUGUACGGGAAGCGGAAACGGCAAGUCAGCUAAACAUGCGCAGAAAGUACCAUGUCCUGUUAAGGAGAAAAAGUUCAAGGGAUGCCCGCAGUGCGAGAACAACCGGAUUGAGAAGCUGGAAUGCGAAGUGUAUCAGCUGCGAAGGGAGAUCGAGGGCAUGAAGCACGAGCGUAAGGCGGCGGAAAAAGCUGUGCAGAGAGCGAUCCUUCGUGGCGCUCGUGCACUCGGCGGAAGAUUUAAACCGAUCGUUCCGGAAUCAAUUGAAAAACUUUUGGAUAGCUGCGAGAGCAAUGCGUCUUCCACGUCGACGUCGGGGUCGGUUACAUGCUACAAAACGAAAGCGGAGGACCAGCCGUGCGGAAGUAAACCGCCGAGGAAGGAGGCCUACCACAUCUGCGAGGCGUCCUGCGUCGAUUAG